UAGGUGACUGGGACUCCAGCCAUGGGGCCUCUCUUACUCUCUGAGAGCGUCUCUCACCUGGGCCUGUGGGCUUCUGGACUGAUCUUGGUCUUAGGCUUCCUCAAGGUCAUUCGUCUGCUGAUGCGGAGACAGUUUUUGGCCAGGGCCAUGGACAGCUUCCCAGGGCCCCCCACGCACUGGCUCUUUGGGCACGCCCUCGAGGUCCAGCAGACUGGGAGCCUGGACAAAUUUGUUUCCUGGGCCCACGAGUUCCCUCACGCCCACCCACUCUGGUAUGGACGGUUCCUUGGCUUCCUGAACAUCUACGAUCCUGAAUAUGCCAAAGUCGUGUACAGCCGAGGGGAUCCUAAGACCCCUGAUACAUACGACUUUCUAUUGCCUUGGAUUGGGAAAGGCCUGCUGGUCCUCCAUGGACCCCAGUGGUCCCAGCACCGCAAGCUGCUCACACCUGGCUUCCACUUUGACGUGCUGAAGCCCUAUGUGACGGCGUUUGCCGAAUCCACGAACUCCAUGCUCGACAAGUGGGAAGAAAAGGCUCGUGAGAAUAAGAGUUUUGACAUCUUUGGCGAUGUGGGUCACAUGGCGCUGGACACACUCAUGAAGUGCAUCUUCGGCAAAGGACACAGCGGCCUGAGCCUUAGGGACAGUAACUACUACAUGGCAGUCAAGGAGCUCACUCUGCUGACACAGGAGCGCAUCGAGACCUUCCAGUACCAUAAUGACUUCAUCUACAAGCUGACUGCACAUGGCCGCCGUUUUCUGAGGGCCUGCCAGGUGGCCCACGACCACACAGACCAAGUCAUCCGGGAACGGAAGGCAGCCCUGCAAGACAAGAAGGAACAGGAGAGGAUCCAGAACCAGAGGCACCUGGAUCUUCUGGACAUUCUUUUGGGGGCUCGAGAUGAAAGUGGCAUCAGGCUGUCGGACGCUGACCUCCGGGCUGAGGUGGACACGUUCAUGUUUGAAGGCCAUGACACCACCACCAGUGGCAUCUCCUGGCUUCUCUACUGCAUGGCCCGGUACCCAGAGCACCAGCAUCGCUGUCGGGAGGAGGUGUGUCAGGUCCUCGGGGACAGGAACACCAUCCAGUGGUGAGUGAGUCUGCGGGUGAGGCC